AUGCCAGAUAAAGAAACCAUCGUCGUGAUCGGUGCGGGGGUGAUAGGCCUGUCCACCGCCCUCUGCAUCCAAGAACACCUCCCUCGCUCGCAGUCCGUCCUGAUCGUAGCCCGCGACUUCCCCAACACCACCUCGCUCAACUACGCCUCGCCCUGGGCCGGCGCGCAUUAUCGGCCCGUGCCAGCCUCCACCCCGCAAGCCGCCCGCGAGGAGCGUCAAGCCCGCCGCACCUACCAGCACUUCAAGACCCUCGCCGCAACCGAGCCGGCCGCCGCCGUGCAGGCCCUCGACGGCAUCGAGCACCUCGAAAACCCACCCGCCGAGUACCUCGACCCCCGCGCCAUCCCGGACUUCUUCGCCCAUCUGGACGGCUUCCGCCAGCUCGCCGCCGAUGAGGUGCCCGCCGGCGUGACAUGGGCCGUGCGCUAUCGCACGUUUGCCGUCAACUCGCCCGUCUACUGCGCCUACCUGCUGCGGAGGUUUGUCUUGCAGGGCGGACAGACCCGCGAGUACACCCUCGGCGACCCAAUGGAAGCCUUCCACCUGGCCAACAACGUCCGCACCGUCGUCAACUGCUCCGGCUUGGGCUUCGGCGACCCCAGGUCCUUCAUCAUCCGUGGCCAGACCUGUCUCGUCCGCAACCCCUGCGACGUCACCCUCACCCGCCAGAACUCGGACGGCUCCUGGUCCUUCUGCAUCCCGCGGCCGCUGGGCGGAGGCACCAUCAUCGGGGGCACCAAGCAACCGCGCGACUGGGACCCCACGCCGUCGCGCGAAACUAGGGAGAAACUGCUGGCCAAUGCGGCCAAGUGGUUCCCGUUCACGCCGGAGAGCGAGGGCAAGUUCGAUGUCAUCCGUGACAUCGUCGGUCGUCGUCCCGCCAGAGAGGGUGGCAUGCGGAUCGAGGCAGAAAAGGUCGCCGGUGAUCGGACGAUCGUGCAUGCUUACGGCGCUGGAGGCCGUGGGUACGAAUUGUCCUGGGGUGUCGCCGAGGACGUCUUGUCCUUGAUGCGGGAAAAGGGGUUGAUCAAGGAACGCGCUUCCUUAUAG